GGUAUGGAAAAAGACGAAAUAUCUGAAUCUGUUGAGAAAUACUUCGACAUUGAUCCCAAGAAAGAUAAUGCUCUUAUUAAUAUUCUCAAUCCUAAUGAAUCCUGCGCUGAUUGAAUAGUGCUCAAUAUUGGAUCAAGCAGUAUUAAGUUUGGAGUGGCUUCACAACUAGAGCCUUUCAUGGUUCCUAAUGUAAUCGCAUAUCACCGCGAAGGAAGAAGGAUUGAGGAAGAAAGUAAGACCAGAGAUACUAAGCACAACCCUGCUGUUGAGUCUAUCAUUAAUAGUGUUGAAAGUGACCUUAGGAGAAAAUUGUAUCUCCUUAUUGAUCCAAAAAUGAUCAAGUCGCAGAUGAACAACCUUAUGGGAUUUAAGCUGUUUGAAGAAUCUAACUGUAUUGAAAACCAUUUCUCAAUGGCUAUGGAUGAUGGGGAAGACGAUAUGGCUAGAUUUGAAAACCAGCUAUUCAGUGAUAUACCUGAAGAUUACCUUUGUAACAAAGAUUUUACCUUCACAAAAGUCUCAAAGCUAAACCCACAAAAAUAUUUUAUUGGAGAAGAAGCUCUCAGCUUACAUAAAAAUGAGAGCUAUGAGCUUUUCAAACCCAUCAGAAAUGGAUACUUGAAUGUAACUCAUUCAACUCCUGCCCCGAUCUGUCUUGAUGCUUUAGAGUUAAUCCUUAAGAAAUCAAUCACAGAAAAAUUAAGGAUUCCUGAGAAAAAUUUCAAGCACUUUAGAUGUGUUAUCACAGUGCCAGAUUUAGUCAAUAAAAAGCAACUAAAACACUUUGCAAACCUGAUUCUGAAAAGACUAGGAUUGAAGUCUAUUUUUAUGUACCAAGAAAGUGUUCUUGCCACCUUCGGAACAGCUACUAAUUAUGCUUGAGUGGUCGAUAUUGGUGCCGAAAAGAUCAACAUUGCCUGUGUAGAAGAUGGGACAAUCAUUCCUGAAACAAUAGUGCGGAAAAAUUUUGGGGGAGAUGAUCUGACAAACCUCCUUUAUGACCUCCUCCAUCGUAAGAAGUCGUUGCAUUACUUCCCAAAAGACAUUCUCAACAAAGAUUAUCCUUAUCACUGGAACUUGGUCAACAAAUUCAAAGAAAUCUAUUGUCGCUGGAUCCUUGGCGAAAGAGAGAUCAUCAAGAGAUGCACAUUUUGGGUCCAUGAGAAAGGAGAUGUCCCCAAAAAGGAGAUUACAGUCAACUGUUCUGACUGCUUACAAGUCACUAUUCUUUCAGUUUUCUAUCCAGAACUCAUUGAAGCAGUUAAGAAGGAUCAGGACUUCCACAUGCUUAAGAACAUUGAUCUGUAUGACUUCGAUUUUGACCCAAAAGAACAAGAAGAGGGUGUUGACGACAUGGUCCAGAUGCUAGUUGAGCCUCUCUUCUGAAGACAACUUAUGAACCUCAAAAAGGACGAGGGAGAAGAUCAAAAUCCCAGCAAGAGAUCAUCCAAAGAGCUUAUAGAAGCCAUGUAUAAAUUUGCAACACUUGAAGAAAUGAUCUGAGAUAGUAUAAUGUCAAUUACUGUUCCUGAAACCAGGAACAAAAUGGCAUCGAAGAUCCUCCUCACUGGAGGCCUUGUCUGUGCAAAGGAAUAUAUUGACCUCGUUGAUAUCAUAGAAGAUAGGAUGAUCCAUACCAUCACCCAGAUUGAUAAGAGUAUUGAAAAAGUUGAUGUCAUUCAAGUCAAGGACCAAGAUCCAAGAUUCUUCUCAUGGAUCGGAGGCUCUGUCUUUCCCAGACUAGAAACAUCCAAAGAUAUGUUCAUCGACAGAGAAUACUGGACUUGUGAGCCUAAGCAGACACUAGACCAAGCUGAGAUAGAAAAGGCAAAGAAAUUGGCCAAGAAGAAGGCUGAGGAGGCAAAAGAGUUUGAUGAUAUGAAAGCUGAUGCUAAAGUAUUUGCUGAACCACUCAAACCAACUGCAAAGGCCAGUUAAUUAAUUCUGUUAAAAUUGGCACACUA